GUGCUGUUGGAGCCCAUCACGGUGCCUUUGCUGCCUCCGCCGCCACCCAUGCCAAUGCCGCGGGCUUCCGGGGGGAGUGCGUCUGCAACGCAGGCGGCCAUGAGGUGCCAGAGGCAAACCUACAGCCUCCAGCCGCCUGCAAGCAGGAUGCAUCCGCAGGGGCGGGUCUCGUGCUCUCCACCUCGGGUUGUGAUGCAGGCUGCUGCCUCGAACUUCUCCAGUUGGCAGUUUGGAACAAUGCCUCUCCAUGCUACCAGCUACCAGCCAGAACAGCUUGCCCACCAACAGCCGCAGAGGCACUUGGCAUAUUCGCCGCCACCUCGCCAGCUACCUCGCCAGUGGCAGCAAGUUUCUGCAUCUUCGCGUCUGCCUUCCCCCGUGGCGCCCCAGAGAUGGACCUACGUCAGUCCCCGUCGCUCGGCCCCGGCCCCCAGCAUGCCAAACGUUGCCCAUCCCGGGCCGGCACAUCAAGGCUGCCGAGCCCGUGGACGGCACUCGAGCUUCGAGCCGCGAAUGCCCGCAAACCAGCCGGGGUUGUGUGCACCAGCCCCCUUUGCUGGGCAGCAGAGUCUCCCUGGUUCCAUGCUUUGCCCAUCUCCGGGGUCUGCUUGGAGUGGAUCCAUACUUUGCCCUGCCCCACCACCAGCUCUCAGCCGCGUGCUGGGCUUGUCCAGUGGCUCCGCUGCAUACCCGCCCGGCCCUCAGGUAAGAACUGA